AUGUCAGAGACAGCAGCAGAGGAAAGAACUGAGAAACAGAUAUUCAUCAGCAGCAUCAGCAAUCUGCUUGCCAAUCCAACAGAGAAAACAAUGGGGGAGGUGAAAAAGAUGACAAAGAUACUUCUGAAAAAGAAGGAGAAGGGCACGCCGCGGCUUGUUGUGCUGGCGCUUGCCAAAGUGUUCUUCAACCUUCUUCCGUCGUACAACAUUAGAACAGCUGACCACAAGUACAACUCGUCCUCCAAAAUAACAAACUACGAGUACAUUCUCAUGCAGGAGUGGCAGGCCUAUCUAAAGAUGAUCACGCGGUCAAAGACCGAAGAGUCGUUUGAGGCUGCAGCCAUCCUUCUUCCGCAGGCUAUUCUCUUCAACAAAAGCAUGAAGCUCGUUGGAAAGGUCGUGAAAGGCACGGGGAUGAAGAACAAAAUAGGAAGAAAGUGCCAGCAGUCUCUCGUGCAGAUAUUCAAGUGCGACAAGGGAAACAGAAUUGUAAAGAUUUUGGAAGUUAUCAACCAAAUGAACAUUGAAAAGCUCCCGAAGGAAACGAUAAAAACCCUAUUCUACAUUUCAGAUGAAGCUCUUACGAAGCCAGAGAACACAGAAAGACUGGCGCCUGCUGAAAUGAGGAAGCUCUCAGUGGAGGAGAAGGCGAUAAAGAAAGAGGCGCAGCUGCACUUUAUGCCAGAGGAAAUAAAGGCGUGGAAGGGAAUAAACGAGCGGCUGCUGAGGAUAUACCUGCUCAUUCUUACCACAAAGCCGAUUGAAAAGCACUACUACGCGCUGAGCCAGAUGCAGCGGCUUCGAAUACCCGGAAACUUGAAGGAGGGAAUAUUCACGGUAAUAACGCAGAAGGUGGCAGAGCUAAAGGAAAACCUCACACCACGGCGCGCAGCGGUGCUUGCUGUCUGCUACAUGACUCUGCACAUAAUUUUCAAGGAAGAGCUUGACUUUACCUUCCAGAUAGAAGAGAUAGAGAAAAUACCGCUGGAGACACUGCUCGACAUGUCGGAGAAAGAGAUAAAGAUGUUUUAUGCGUCGCUUGAGAAGAUAGAAAAGCACAGGGGAACACCAGGCCUCAUCAAGCUUCUCCUCGCCCGCGGGAUGCACCGCAUAGACCCUCUGCUGGCGGGCACGAUACGGCACCUGAUGCCCCGAGAAGGGCCCAGAGCCCUGGAGAAGAACAGCCCCACAGGAUUCUGGGAGAUCUGUUUGCUGAACUCCAAAAAGUAG